UUCCGCUGGUCGGUGAAAAGAUUACGAGGCUCACAGUCACACAGUGCUGUGUCGUUGUCGUGUAAUCAGUUUGCCGAUGUGGCACAAUGUCGACCCUUUCAAGAUUCUUUCCAACUAAACCAUUAAGUCUCGUGUUGCUAUGUGUCAUCUUAGUGGGCGUCGUCUUUCUGUAUUACAACAGCGGACAAAAUAACUCAUUUACACAUGAAAACAAACAGUUUUACAGAAAUAAUGUGCUUGAAGAGAAGGUAAAAUCUUUGAAAGAAGGCCGAAAACAGGAACAGGUUGAAGAAAAUAAUUCCCUUUUAACAGGAGAACUCACAAAAGAAGUUGAAGAAAAGAAUACACUCCCAUCCAGUGACGGAGAUUUGCCUGAUGAAAUAAAUGUCAUUAUCACAUUUACUAACGCUCAAUCUAGUCCUUCUCUUCAGAGGAAAUUUACAGUUACUGUAACAUCAAUGCUGGCUGCAACAUCUGCACCUGUAGCUCUACAUAUCCUGGGCGACAUAGAAAGUCAGAAGCUAGCUGCAUCCAUUAUGAAGGAAAACGUUAAAUCAACCAACUACAGGAUGGUGCACCUUGACAUUGAGGAUAUCACACACAGGCUCCAUGAUAUCGUGAAGGACAUGCAGAACAAAUUCAGUGGCCAGAAGUCGUACUACCAUGAUGCAUUGUUCUUCAUGUCUAUCGCUAUACACAGAGUGCUUCCCACGGACAUUCACAAAGUCAUCAUGCUAGACGCCGAUCUGAAGUUCCAUGGAGACAUCAGGAACCUGCAUGCUCUGUUCGAUGAGUUCUCCGACACGAAUGUGAUGGGGAUAGCCCACGAGGCCCAGCCAGUGUACCGCCACCAGUUCUACCAGUACAGAAGCCAGAACAAGGGGACGCGCGUCGGAGAGCCCCCACCCAAUGGCCUGACAGGAUUCAACAGCGGUGUCCUUCUCCUUGAUAUUGACAGGAUGAGGUCAUCAACUGUCUACAAUUCUCUCAUCACAGCUGAAGUGGCUGAACAGCUGAAGACGAAGUACAGCUUCAAGGGUCAUCUCGGCGAUCAGUGCUUCUUCACUCUUCUGUCGUUGGAACAUGAGGAACUAUUCUACGUUCUUCCCUGCAGUUGGAACAGGCAGCUGUGCACAUGGUGGAAAGGGAAAGGAUACGACGAUGUGUUUGAUCUGUAUUUUAAGUGUGAAGGUCAUAUCAAUAUUUAUCAUGGAAACUGUAACACAAAAAUUCCAGAUUGAUGCUCAUCCAAGAUUCAUACCCAAUAGCUUGAGGUGCAUGCCACAAAGUGAUGACUAGUUUAUGUCUGUGUUGAAGUGUGGGAUUUGGGAGGUUAAUGCACUUAGAUUAAGAGAUCCUAGAUCCUUGACCUGGUUGGUUGGUUUGUUGUUUUUCGCCGCACUCAGC